AGGAGCCGGGGACUGCCCAUGGUGGAUGGGCGGAGCAGUAAGCAUGCGCUGAGCUGGCAGACUCUGGGCUGGUCCUGACGGGCUGGCUGGGCUCCGGGCGGCUCUCUGUGCGCUUCAGACGGUCUUGGGGGAGACUACCACCAACACUCAGCGUCUCCUCGAGUACCUCAGAGAAUACAAGGAUUGAAAAGCAGAAGAGACCCGAGGGGUAACUGCGAGAAAACAAAGCAAACAGCUUCACCCCGGCAUCUGGAAAAGCACCGAAGAAGAAGAAGGAGACGAUCCUCCCCCUCUACCCCACACCUCUCCGCCAACCCGCCCUAUCCACCCUACCCACCACUACGUGCCAUCCCUCUGGUCUGAACUGCCCUCCAGUCCCACCCCGUCAGGAGAACCACGACCACCCAAAGGAAACCCCCACUUGACCAGCGUUGCCAUUAAGCGAUGCGCUUUGAAUUUAGGAAGAAAUCAUCUAUGCGUUUUUGAUGCACAACACAGCCAGUGGUCUUCAUUUUUUUUUUUCCACAGCGGGAACAGUUAAGGUUACGGAUUUGGGUGUUUACACUUUUUGACGGGUUUCCAGUGGCAUGAUAACAUGCAGAAUAUAUCAUCCCACGGCAACAGACAAGGCUGCCAUUCCAUAGAUUAGUCUUUAUUUAAACAAACAGCUGUCACAUACGCUGCGUUUGAGCUUAUGUUUGAUUUUUCCAAUGCUUACAAAUAUCCCGACAAUGGUCUUGGAACGGACCGCCUCUCCAGACACCUAGACAUUUUUUUCAAGACGUAUCAGAUCUAUAUUUCGUGUUUAUUGAAAAAAGAAGCGACAAAUUGACGAGGAGUCAUUUGACACCGACGCCGCUUGAGCCAUAGGACUUUGCGUGCGAAGUUUGCACCGGGAAGAGGGGGGCCAAUAAGUCGGAGAUAUCUCGGCCAUAUCCACGGCAUUUUCCCUUUAAGGUGGGAGGUCGGCGGGUUGUGGUCAUGCUGUCCCUGGAUGAGCCCCUGGACCUGAAGCUCCCUCGGCGGGCCAAUGGACGGGACAGAGGGGCGCGCUCUCCCCCGCUCUCUCCGCUGCACCCCAAGCGAACCCGCCAGCUCCGCAUGGCAGAUGAUGGCACCGCAGUCAUAGAGCCCGCCUCGCCAGCAUCUCCGCGCUCAGGUGUGCAGGUGGUCCCUCAUGAUCGGACAGACACCCCCACCCCCACCCCCCCUGCAGUGGACCUGAGCAUGUCUCCCUCCUCCCGCCACACCCCCAGCUCUCCAGAAAUGACCAACGGCAACUACAUCCCUUCAGGGAAUUCUCAGAUCUCACAGGCUUUUCAGUUUUUCAUGCCAAUCGGAGCUGGGGCGGGACUUCACCUGCCAUCCUCCAUGUUCAUUGGCCAGAUGAGCGACAAGAGAGCCUCUCCUGACCUCUCAGCGGAUGAACAACUGGCCUGCCAUUGGAAGAAGUGCCAUCUGCUCUUUGACUCCCUACAAGACCUGGUGGACCAUGUCAACGACUUCCAUGUGAAGCCUGAGAAGGAUUCCGGGUACUGCUGCCACUGGGAGGGUUGUGCUCGCAAAGGGAGGGGGUUUAAUGCUCGGUACAAGAUGCUCAUCCACAUCCGCACUCACACUAACGAGAAGCCCCAUCGCUGUCCCACCUGCAACAAGAGCUUCUCACGCCUGGAGAACCUCAAGAUACACAACCGAUCACACACAGGUGAAAAGCCCUACAUUUGUCCUUACGAGGGUUGUAACAAGCGCUACUCCAACUCCAGCGACCGUUUUAAGCACACACGCACACACUAUGUGGACAAACCCUACUACUGCAAGAUGGUGGGCUGCCUGAAGCGCUAUACAGACCCCAGCUCUCUCCGCAAGCACAUCAAGGCCCACGGCCACUUUGUGGCUCAGGAGCAGGGCUCUCCAGGUGGGGUGGGCUCCCUGCUGAGAGGGAGUCAAAGUGGAGUGCUUUCUGGCGAAGGGGGGAAGGAUUCUGCGCUGUCCUAUGUGAGUGCAGCCCACAUUAUUAUCCCAGGGGCAGCGGCUGCUCUCAUGGGAGGCCAUGCUCUGCAGGGUCUGGGUGGUGCCCUACCUAUGUCCCCCCUCAGUCCUCGGCCCCUGGACCUCAGCACGCUCAGUUGCCCCGGCUCACCUCCAGGCAGCCUGGGAGGUACACCCAUCCUGUCCUUCAACGGCUCACCGCUGGGCCUGGCCAAGUCCCAUCUGCUCUCCCAGGCAUUCCCCUCCUCAGCCCUGGGCCUGCCAAUGAUGCCUGUGCUGGGGGCCUCGUCUGAGCGCAGGGCCCACAGCCAACAGGCCAAGAAGGGCCGGGGGGAGGAGGCCGAGAACGAGGUGACUGGGAGGGUCCUGAACCUCUCCACGGGAUCCCAUGAUCCCCUGUCCUGGGUGGUCAUCCCCCCAGGCACCGUGGUGCUCAAACCAGCUGUGGUCAACUGAUACACACACACACAUACACACAUUCCAGAAGAGCUCAGGGGGUCGGGAUGGGAGGGUGAACGCCAUAAUGAGGGUACGGGCGGUCAAAGGUGAUAGGGAUUGGCUCGCACAAUCAAAUCCAAGCAAUGCAUUUCAGAGAGAGGUUGGAAGAGGAGGAAACUAUAUAGAGAAACUCUUUAAACCCUCAAUCAACAAAAAAAUAGAUACACUACACCUCACAAGAAAUAAGUAUACAACGCAAGCCUCUUGUAUUGAUGGGAAACUAAACUUGGGGCCCAAGAACUCUGUUUAAGAAUAUGUAUGGCUCUGUAUUUCUAUCACAAGGCCUGACAAUGGGCUACUCUUAAUUUUUUACUUUAUACUUUAUUCAUUCCUGUUUCCUGAAUGUGACAGUCUUAGUGCUCUGUGUACAAACGUCCUGAUUCAUUGAUAAGUAUUUAUAUGACUGCACGUCAUUGACAGUGUGCCUCCAGCUUAGCAGUGAGAUAGAUACACCAUGAAACUGAAUGACGCACUCACAGUUAGGCAAACGUGCACGUAGUAGGACGAUUCUCCACAGUUGAUUUUAAAGUUAUGACCUGUUUUUUACAGGCUGCUGUGAUUAAUAGGAUUCAGACAGGCUUGCCAAACCAAAGCAAGUGAACUCAAACUGUCUUGGAUUUGCAGUUACAGUUCAAUUAAACACAGCACUUAAUAGUGUCAGCUGGUUAUAGUAUUGAAACCUCAAAACUGCUGCUAACCUCUCAGCUCCCCCAGUGUAACGUAAACUGGGAGAGAGAUCUUUUGACAAUCUGUCCCUAAUUUGGGGAGGACCAACAUGGACCAGCCUAGUCCACCAGAAUGUGUGCCAGGCGUGCAGACUAGGGGCUUUUAAGGCACAGAGCAAACUGAGGACUUAACACAGACAAAUGGUGUUGCAUCACCUGACAAUGACCAAUCAUCACUUCCUCUUUUACUCAAGUGAAAUUUAAGGCACCAGUGUGUCUGGCUCCCCCCUCUGGUAGGACACAAUAUACAACAUCCUGCUUUCCAUUUACAGAACUCUCACUGUUUUUACUUCUGGAUUUUCCAGCUGCUUUCCCGUAAUUGAAUCAACAAGGCCAGUUUGUGUAUGAAAGGGCCACUGUGGUGAUAAACACUAGUGUCUUGUUUUUUUACAAGUGACCCGACCCAAAACCAGCUGUGAAAAACAGGUGGUCGUCCAAUUGAAGCCUAACUUAGCCUUGUCGGUUGAAGUUUUGUCCCAAGUUCAACAAGUCCCAUGCUGUGCCAAAAAUACCUGGAGAGGGGAAAGAGGGAUGCACGUAUUGUGCCACAGAGGGGGGUGUGAUGCACUCAAUGCCACAUACAGCUGGACUGAAUAGGAAGCCACACUCUUGCAAACUGCCUCAUUUUACUCUGUCCAAAGGGGCAAAGAAAAAGACACGUUUGACGUCUGGGAAAACUUUUUUCAUGGUUCGAUUAAGCAGUCAACACGCACUUACCACACACUAUAUUCCUUACAUGUUUUAUAAAAUGUUACUGCCAAGUCAUGGUUUGCUCUUAUUCCCUUUUUCUGCAAGGGUCAAUUUGGCUGUGGGGCCGUUCCAGCCAGGCUUGUGUUGCUAAUGCAUGUAUGAUGUUGACUGUUGUCUCCACAGUGGAGAGGCAGGGAAGCAGGAGAGGAUCGUCCCAACACAAGGAACAUUCCCUAAAGAGACUGUCACAAGCUACCCCCCCUCUCUCUUUUUACUCCAUCUCUGCUUUCUUUGGUGGUCUUACUUUUCCAUCGCCCAGUCUUAGAAAUAAUCAGUUGUUGCAGUUAUAUAUUGUUGUCAUUCUUUUGUUUUUGCAGUUGUUCAGACGAGACAUUUUUUUCUGAUGUUGAAGUUGCUUCUUGUGUUCUGCGAAGGCUGCUCUGCGCUCAGCUUUCUGCUGUCAAGGAUGGGUCUUUUGAGGGUUAGAGGAGAAGACGAGAGAGAGAGGUUUGGGGGUCCUUCUAGGGCAGUGGUUCCCAACCUGGGGGUUAUGGAUAAAUCUGAAGGGUCACGUGAUGCUUACAAUGAUAUUAGAAAGAGUACAUUUUUCCUUUGACACAAACUUUGGUUAAUUUUUUCCCAACUUUUCUCCAACUGUGGUUCAAUGAAUGGCAUGGACGGUCUGUCCACCCCGUUGGUCCAGACAACUAUUGAAUGGACUGCCAUGUUUCCCAAAGGAAGAAUCCUUUUGGCCUUGGUGAUCCAAUCAUAGUGCCACCAUGAGGUUGUUAUUUGAGGUUUAAGUUUUAACAACUAUUAAAUAUAUUUCAAAAUUGUGUACAGACAUUCAUGUUCACCUCUGGAUUAAUUGUAAUAUCUCACGUAAUCCCUUAACUUUCCAUCUAGCGCCAUCAUCAGAUCCGAAUUUCAGUUUGUCCAACCCUUCGGUUUAUGACACAAAACCUGCAAAACUAAUGGCAUUGACAGCCUCAGCUGUACUUUGUGUUUAGUGCUGAUAAGCAAAUUUCAGCAUGCUAACAUGCUCAACUCAGACGGUGAACCAGUUAAAUAUUACCUAUGUCCAAACUGAGGCCAUAAACUGUGAUUAGGGGUCUUAAAUUCAGAUGAUGUUGCUUUAUUUGAAGGGGUCACAAGCCAAAAAAGUUGGAGACCACUGCUCUAGGAGGAAAAAUAUAUAUAUAUAUAUUUUUUUUUCUACCAAAUUAUAUGACAUUCCUUCAUGACAAUCACAUUGGUGAGGGAUCAUUUAGUGAAGGUGUAGGCAUAAGUUAGCCUACAUGUCUGUAUUAAGUGUCCUAACCAAAUUAUCUUCAGGCCUAAAUUCCAUUUGCAAACUCUGCUUCCUUUGUUUUGACUUUUAAUUUCCACCGCCACACAAAGGGAAACCAUAGAGAAAUAACAUCUGAAAUGGCGGGCAGCUCUGGGAAAGCGUGAGAGCAUAGAGAGACAGGAUUGGCUGAAUGAAUGGACAAGAGAAAGGGAGAUAUGAAGGGAGAGGCUGUGUGCCAGCAUAGGAAAAGAGGAUAGCUGUGCUGUGCAGCCGCCCUCCAUCUGGCCACCUACCCAGCAAACGGCCCUCUCUGCUCUGAAGUCACUGGCUGUGCUGUGCCCAAUGUGGCAGAGACUCACAGGCAUACCAGCAUGCAGAAAAUUAGGCCACUGAACUCUGUCUGCCCUCUGUUGUUUUUUUCUUUUUUUUUUAUAGAUUAAACCCAAAAGGCUCAACUCCCCCACCUCCCGGCCAAAGCAUUUACCAGAUGGGGAAACAGGCUAACGAGCCGUAUUCACAGUAAACAAAAACAAAUAUAACUCUCCCUGUCUGAGGACGAGCUUUGUGUCGGACCUUCCACAGGCCUGCGAAGAUUCCCAGCAGAGAUGAACUGCAUGCCUGUGUUUCUGCCACAGUAAUUCUUGGUCAUCAUUAUCUCACACACCCCUUCCCCCACUCAUCUCACACACACACACACACACACACACACACACACACACACACACACACACACACACACACACACACACACACACACACACACACACACACACAGUCUCUGGGUUUAGGCUGGGCAUUGAAGUGAAUCUCUCAUUGUGAGUGGACAAUCCUGGCAUGUGAUGUCAUCAGAAACAGGUGUUAAGUAGGCUAGACAUGGUUCCCCUGGCAACAGCAAAACCCAGAGAUGCAGCGGCUCUUCUCCCUGUCUGUCUGUCUGUCUCUCCUCUGCAGGUCGAAGCCAGGGACAGAAAGAGGCAGCAGAAAGCUGAAUAAUAUGACACGGAUCCACACAGGGUCCACAUCUUUUCAAUAUCAAAUAAGCUGUAUGAUCCAUUAACCCUUUGAGCUCAGUCUGUAAUAAACUGCACUUUUGUUCCCCUCAUAGAGUGUUUAGAUAUGGAGAUGCUGCCACAUCCUUUAUGUACAGCAUAAUUCAUCAGUUGUUUUGGGAACCAAGAAUUGUAAAAAUCAUCCUCAGUCACUUAAAUGUCAGAAUUUGACGUCAUUUUGUGUUUUGACAGUAUAAAAGCGGUACUUGCUCCUGGAGAUUUUAAAGUUACCCUCACUUACUGCUAUGAAAAGCGGAACCGAGAUCCAGGGCACAAAAUUUGUGUUAGCUAGCUAAGUCAGUGUCAUUGUAGAGGGGUGACACUGACUGAAGUGCCACAGUGUUGCACAAAGGGUUAAUGAUAAGACUAAGGCCAUGCAAGGCCUGUUCCAAGUUAUGUUUUUUGCACAUUUGUGAGAUAUUGUGAGUAUUUUAAUUUUUUCAAGUGCCUUUUUAUUAUAGAUAAGAUACAGAAGUUACACACUAUAUGAAAAAAAAUUAUAUGAAAAUAUAUUUUUCGUGGCAUCAUGUUCUAUGGUUGAACAUGCAGAGUUUUAGAGUUGUAAAAGUCUACAAUUGGUACAACAUAGCGGUGUUCUCCUGUUUUAGAGGAAUUUUAUUACGAUAUUGAUAAUAAUGUCAAUGAAAAGAAAAUUGUUUAAUAAAGUUGUAUUUGAUACAA